AUGCUGGAGAACUCCAACGAUAAUCAUAAUGAGCACUCUAAAGAGAACCCAAUCGAGCUCUCUAAAGAGAUUGCAGAUGGCGCAGAAGAGCCAGCUAAAUCAUCUUCAGGAGGAAAGUCAUUACUCCACCAAAUUCCUGACGUGAUCAGGAUUUCUUUUGAAGAGGCGGUUCAGGACAUUGAGCUUCAAGGAUGGGAAGAUGACUGGUUCUCGUCAGCCACGUUCAAUGCCCAAAAGGAGGGCCCUUUGGCGGAACCCAAAAUCGACUUUGUAUACAAUUGGGUCAACGGGUCUGAAAAGAGUUUCAUGGACAUCAAACACACCUUUGAGCUUCAAUCGCCACUGAACGACCCUGCUGGUAAGUGGAUCGGUCAACAUAGUGUCAACCGUUACCGAGACUGGGACGAGUUGAGGUACUCGCUGCGAAGUUUGAAUAGAUAUGCGAAGGGCUUUGUCAACAAGAUUCAGAUUCUCGUUAACUCAGUCAAUGACAACGCCGAGUACAACAGGGACGGCCGGGGCAUGCGGCCCCAGCGUCCAACUUGGUUGAAGGACGACGCUGCAACAAACGAGUUCGUCCAAGUUCUUGGCCAGGAAGACUUCUUUGGUGACGAAGCCAAACAAUGCCUCCCAACAUUCAAUUCACUUACCAUCGAGUCUCAACUUCACCUAACGCCAUCGACAACCGAUCGACUCGUUGCUCUGUCGGAUGAUAUGUUCCUGGGCAUGCGCCAUGCGCCAUCGGAUUUCUAUUCACCCCUUUUUGGUUCGGUUAUGGGCUUCAAGAGUGACAGCUAUAAUGUCAACAUGAAAAAGCUUGGAAGUGGAACGGGUCCCACUUUUGGCGAGAAGCCCUUUGCCCAUUACACAUCUUACCUUUUGAAUCGUCGCUUCGGUGAGCGUCCGCGGAGAGUUCAGGCACACUUCGGUCACUCAGUAUCACGUUCCGUGAUGAAGGAGACCUUGGCAUCGUUCCCAGAGCCCACGAAGAAUGGAAUCUGUGAAAGGUUCCGCGGGGAGUCGCGUUUCCAGAUUUACCCGUGGUAUGCCAAUUUCCACUACACCAUUGAGCGCUUUCGCGAGGCGCUGUUAUGGUCUUACAUCAUGUCGCGGUCGGACGCCAACCUAGAUGGAUAUCUAGAUUGGAAGGAAAGAGAAAACAUCCUGAAAGCGAUUGAACCUGGCUGGAAGAUGUUGGCCACGAAGCAAGACGGUAGACCCGCAGCCCAGUCGCCGAAUCGUGACAGAAUGUAUUACCACCUGCCUGAUAUCCUACAAAAGGCCGGCCUUCAAGCUCCGAAGGUCAACACACAUGUGCUCUGGACAUCGUUGGACGGUCCCGAAACAAUUCGUACUGUCAAGUGCUCUGAAUUCAACGUCGACGAGUGCUUCGCAGAUUCUUUUGGAUCCCCGCUUUCCGACCAGGCGACGCCGAACCCCGACUUCACCACCACCAAUAUUUUUUCGCGCAUCUCGAAGCACCGUCCUGAAUGCGGCGACUGUAUAAUAAAAUUUGUGCUUGCGAACUAUGCGCGUGGCUUGGAGCCAUUGCUCCCUCCCAAAUCGGCUAAACGCCAUCACCGCGAGAUUAUCAUCAAGGCGCUGAAAAAGUAUCAACAUACGAUUAUCGAUAUUGACGCCAUGAAAUUUGUCAUGAUUAAGGAUGCGGAACAGGCAGAACAGGAGUUGCUGGAGAGGACGAUCAAGCAAGGGGAGAUUUUCGGGCAGUGGUGCCUGAACGAUGAUGUGAUGACGGAAAGUGAAGUGCAGGUGGCACGGAUUAGGAGCGUUAUGCACAAUAUCUUUGAGACGCUAUGGCCAAAGAAAACCCCGUGGGAAAAGGAUGAGCUAUGA